ACAGCAGACGCAUAUUCCUGCCUGUUGACAUUACUAAAUUGUUAGGUCAGCGCAAUGGUGAGGAAAGCCUCCAGAAGUGUAGGGAGGUACACAGCGACACACAAAUCCAGCAAGAGGACUCACUAUCGGCCCCGUCCGACCAGAGGCGUCGUGACCCGCAGCCAGGCCAACACCAGCGGCUGCUUCUUCCACGGACUCCCGGCGGAGGUGUUUGACAUGAUCCUGGACAAACUGUCUGUGCUGGAGCUCAGCGUAUUCAGCAUGGUGUCCAAGGAUAUCACUAAAUCCGUUGUGGACUACAUCUCCACUCUAACCUGGAGGAAUAAAAGAAUCAUUCAGAGCUUUCACCACCGCACCUGCCCUGAGCAAAAAUCCACUGUUGGACACUACAGAGACUUGGGAUUGUUGUUCAAGAGAUGCACGCUGUUGCUACCAACAAAGGACAGGUUGAAGUUUAUCUAUAGCAAGUUUUCACAGAUUCCCUGCUUCCUGUUGGAGAAGUGUUUGGCACCAGACUGCAUUGGCUUCAGCUGCUAUGGAGUCUUCCUCCAGACGCUGAUUGCAGGGUGGGAUGAGCUGGAGUGCCACAGAGUGUUCAACUUCCUGUGUGACUUCACAAAUCUGAUGCAGAAAAUAGAUGCUGUCGUCACUGCAAAACCAGGUGUGUCUCUCGCUGUGUGGAAGGGUGAGGUGGUACCAAAGGCUGCAGCUCCGUCUUUUCUGCCGCCAAGUUCUGUUGGACCCGUGGCUAAGCCAGACAGAGUGUCAGUUCUGGCUAAUGCAACUCCUGAAGCCUUGGCCCAUGGUCAGCCAGGCACACUUACUGUUAAUCCUCUAUGGACCUCUGCUGCCUGA